AUGAGUACGAGUGAAAAUGAUGAUGGUGAUGACGAUUGUUACUAUGAGAUGGAACCGUUGCCACAAAUCCAAAAUAGUAAAUUAUUGACUACAACUGAGAUUCUUGAUACAUGUGAACCUUCCACACCAGAUGAUCUUGAUGAAAAUUUUUAUCAAAUUGAUGAUAGUCCACCAUUAGAAAAUACAUGUCAUCAUUAUAUAGACGAACCAUUUACCCCAUCAAUUGAAACAGUAGCAAUUCCUAAUUUUCAUUAUUCUGUUUUAAGUCAAGAUGAAUAUAUUGAAUUAAUGAUGAAUUAUGUCCAAGAAGUUAAAGAUAUACUUAAACUUUCAUCACCAAUUGUUAAAUUAUUGUUACAUUAUUUCAAAUGGAAUAAACAAAAAUUAAUGGAAAAUUUUUAUGAUAAUGAGAAUCAUGAUGAUUUAUUUCUUCAAGCAAAAAUUGUUAAUCCCUUUUCUAUACCACCAUCAGAAAUUGAACAAAAUGAAAUUAUAUGUUCAAUAUGUUGUUCAGAUGAACAAAAAGACAUGUAUAGUCUUGACUGUAAACAUGUCUUUUGUAAAGAUUGUUGGAAACACUAUUUAAUUAAUCAAAUUGUUAACGAAGGACUCGGACAAACAAUAUCGUGUCCAGAAACAAAUUGUGAUGUUUUAGUUGAUGAUGAGACCGUAUCAAAAUUUAUAGCUGAUAAUGAUUUUGUUAAACAUUUAUAUAAACGUAUUAUUAUUAAUUCAUAUGUAGCAAAUAAUCCACGUGCACGAUGGUGUCCUGGUAAAAAUUGUGGAUGUAUUAUUAAUGCUACAUCAUUAACAUCUGCUUAUAAUUACGCACAAUUUAUUAUAUGUUCCAAUUGCGAUAUGUCUUUUUGUUUUCAAUGUGCACAUCCAUGGCACGAUCCAAUUAAAUGUGUAUUUGUAUUAAAAUGGAAUAAAAAGUUGGUUGAUGAUAGUGAAACGAUAAUAUGGAUGAAAGCAAAUACAAAAUGUUGUCCAAAAUGUCGUGUAACUAUUGAGAAAAAUGGUGGUUGCAAUCAUAUGUCAUGUAAACAUUGCAAUUAUGAAUUUUGUUGGUUAUGCUCAGGUAUGUGGUCUAAACACAAUGAGUGUAAUCGUUUUAAUCCAAAUGCUGUAUCUGAGGAAAUGCAGGCAAUCUAUGCUGCAUCACUCUCACGUUACUUACACUAUAACGACCGUUAUCAUAAUCAUGAACAUUCAUUAGAAUUAGAAACAAAACAAUAUGAACGUACAAAACAACAAGUAGAGAAAAAUGAACGACAAAUAUCUACAAAUGACUUUAGAAUUAUUAAAGAUGCAUUUGAGGUUUUACUGAAAUGUCGUCAAGUACUCAUGUAUACAUAUCCAUUUGCGUUUUAUUUGGACAGAAAUAAUCAAGCCUUUGUAUUUGAACAAAAUCAAGCGGAUUUAGAGCGUUCAUGUGAAGAAUUAAGUGAGCUCUUGGAACAAGAUUUAUCAAAAGAAACUAUAUUUAAAGAAAUUAAAUUAAAAAUAUUUGAAAAAUAUCGAUAUUGUGAUAAAAGAAAAAAUGUUUUAUUGACACAUGUAAAAGAAGGAUAUCUAAAUAAUUAUUGGAAAUAUCUAGAGGAUAUUUAA